AUGUCUGCAGCCGACAGCCCACCCCUGCAGAACGACGCUGCCGCCAACCUGGCCCUACUCCAAGCUGGGACUGGGGCCGCCGCUGGCAACGUGAUCGGAGCUCUGGGCCACUCGGUCUCCUUACCUGCUGGGAUCACAGUCGCACCGGAUGUUGAGGAAGUUGUGUGGAGGAGGACAUCACCCAGAUUAAAGAUAGCGGUAUACAGGAAUGGGAAUAUUGAGUACAAGAACGCCAAUUACAUGGGACGGGUAACUCUUCACUGCGGGAACUUCAGCCUGGAAAUCCGUGAUCUGCGGCGAAAGGACGCUGGUGUUUACGAGGUGGUUGUUGUUACAAGUUCAGGUGAUGAAACUUUGACGAGAGUCCGACUGGAAGUGUACGAGCCCGUGUCAGGAACACAGAUCAAGGCCGAGAACAUCACUGAGAUCUGCGACUUCACCCUGACCUGCUUCGUGACAUCCGGCGACUCCACCAGCUUCACGUGGUGGAGGGAAGCUGUGGGAAACGACAGCACCCAUCACCUCGUGGGACAUGGAAAGACAAUACAGGUUCAUCACACAACAGAGGUCGGGGACGUUGUGUACAGGUGUGAGGCCAGGAACCUGGUCAGUGAAGGCACGGCACAGAUCCGGCUGAAGAACAUCUGCAAACAGACCACAUCUGGGUUGAGAAGCUGUCUCUGUGGAUGUUGGUUGAGGGCCACGGUCGCAGCCGUCCUGCUUCUGAUUCUCAUCUCAGUCACUGUCGCCACCCACAUCAUCAGCGCCCGCCCUGUCAGUGGAACUGCAGACAGGCCUCACAAGACUGAAUGACUUCCCCUCACCUCUUUCCUUCUCCACAUCUGCUUUUCCACCAACCUCUGCC